AUGUGGGAUUGGAUAAAUUACAAAAAUGAUAAACUUGUGCCCACCAGUUCCAUACCCUGCAGUAAAAGAAACUUAUCAGACACGUUUGAUGACGUCAACACCUCUGGAUUUUUUUACAAUGGGUCAUGGCGACCUCGAGCUUGUCAACUUCCUGUCGUGGACAAAACUUUCCUGCACAGGUGUUUGAAUGGGACCCAGGUGCUAAUCUUGGGCGACUCCAACUCCAGGCACCAGCUGGUGGUGCUUCAAACAAUGACCGGAUGCCAGCACAAGAUGAAAAGGUCAAAGGAAACUAAACACGCCCCAUUACAGUGUGAUAUAGACAAUCUGGGAUUGUCGAUUAAAUAUUUCCUUCCUAGACAUCCGUUUUAUGGAUCUAUAGGCGAGGACUUACCUAAUAGUGUUCUCCACUCUACCAUACAAAUCAUGGACGGUAUCCCAGCCUCAGGUAAAUACCUGGUACACCUGCACCAGUUCCUGCACCUGAUGCCGUUUCACCUGUCUGUAGCCGAACAUCACCUCCGUCUAGUACGUGCGGCUAUACAGAGACUGGUAUCACGGAACCCUAGCGUCUUGGUAGUCUACCAAACCGCGCACACGGCACUAGCGGGAGUCUACCGCAACAAGCAGACAUUGGGCGUCUACCUUCUGGAACUACAGAGGCGGAUGUUGAGGGGGUUAGGGGACAGGGUCAUGCUAGCCGUGACCUGGCCCAUGACCCUUGUUUCAGAGAACUCCGAUCCACACCCAGCAAUAAGAGACCAGUUUUUGAAGUUGUAUAUGGGUCAUUUAUGUGGAAGGUUUUAA